AUGGAUCCUCGCGCUGGCAGGUCGCCGUCUCCUGGACACCCUUUAGAGUCGUACGCUCUGCACGACAACCCCUACACACACGAUGAACCGCUACACAUGCCCAUGGGACCUGGUCCGCGUCCUGGAGUUUCUCCCAUGCCAGGAACUCCCUCAGACAGAUUGCAAUCUCAGCCAACAUUCUCAGUAGAGCACGUUCCGCAAACAUACGGCCACAGCGAUAGCUAUGAUGCCCAGCAUCCUUAUCAUUCGAGCCCUGUAUACCCCCCUGGCGACUAUGCUCUGUCUCCCGAAGACCACCACGAUGCAUACCACAACCAGCCAUACCAACCCGCCAUCACUCCUCUGGAAGACGUAUACGGCCCUCCCUCUGGCGAACAAAACACCCACUACUGGCAAGAUGAGGUCGACACGCACCCGAUCCUGCAACAAGAUUCCGCAUACGGUCCCGAUCCCCAUCAGAUGCCUACGCCUAUGCUUGAAGAGGAGAUGGAAAUGGAAAUGAACGCAGAACAACCACAAUCAGGCGGCGGCAUUCGUCGAUGGAAGACGGUGAAGGAAGUUCAGCUUUUCAACGGCAACCUGGUCCUUGAUUGUCCAGUACCUCCUAGACUUCUGAACCAGAUCCAGCACGCCCAACCUCCAGAGCGUGACGAGUUCACCCACAUGCGCUACUCAGCUGCCACCUGCGACCCCUCCGAAUUCUACUCCGAGCGCUUCACCUUGCGCCAGAAGCUAUUCGCUAAGCCCAGACACACCGAGCUGUUCAUCGUCAUCACCAUGUACAACGAAGAAGAUGAGCUUUUUGCCCGUACUCUGAUUGGUGUUAUCAAGAACAUCGAGUACAUGAACUCGCGAAACAGCAGCAAGACCUGGGGCAAGGAGGCCUGGAAGAAAAUUGUCGUCUGCGUUGUCAGCGACGGUCGUGCAAAGAUCAACCCGCGGACCAGAGCCGUCCUCGCAGGUCUCGGUGUCUACCAGGAUGGUAUCGCCAAGCAGCAGGUCAACGGCAAGGAUGUCACCGCUCAUAUCUAUGAGUACACCACACAGAUGGCCCUGGAACUCAAGAAAGGUGUUGUGUCAGUUAAGAAGGGAAACACACCUGUACAGAUGCUGUUCUGUCUCAAGGAGAAGAACCAGAAGAAGAUCAACUCCCACAGAUGGUUCUUCCAGGCCUUUGGAGAGGUUCUUGACCCCAACAUUUGUGUCUUGAUUGAUGCUGGUACCAAGCCAGGAAAGGACUCGAUCUACAAGCUAUGGAAAGCAUUCGACCUCGAACCCAUGUGUGCAGGCGCUUGUGGUGAAAUCAAGGCCAUGUUGGAUCAUGGUAAAACUCUCAUCAACCCUCUGGUCGCUGCGCAGAACUUCGAGUACAAGAUGAGCAACAUCCUUGACAAGCCCCUUGAAUCUGCCUUUGGCUUCAUUAGUGUGCUUCCGGGUGCUUUCUCUGCCUACCGCUUCAUGGCUCUUCAAAAUGAUAAGACCGGUCAAGGUCCUCUCGAGAAGUACUUUGCUGGUGAGAAGAUGCACGGUGCCAACGCCGGUAUUUUCACUGCCAACAUGUAUCUCGCCGAAGAUCGUAUUCUGUGUUUCGAACUGGUCUCAAAGCGCAACUGCUCUUGGAUUCUGCAAUACGUCAAGUCCGCUACCGGCGAGACUGAUGUGCCCACCGAGAUGGCUGAUUUCAUUCUUCAGAGAAGACGUUGGCUGAACGGCAGUUUCUUCGCUGCAGUCUACGCUCUUGCACAUUUCCACCAGAUCUUCCGCAGCAACCACUCCGUUGGUCGCAACUUCAUGUUCAUGAUUGAGUUCUUCUACCAGGGCAUCAGCAUGCUUUUCGCUUGGUUCGCUAUCGGUAACUUCUUCCUCGUCUUCCGCAUUCUCACAGGUUCGCUCUCCGAUACAAGUCUCAACUUUCCACCAGGCAAAGUGUUGGGUGUACUAUUUGAAUGGAUAUAUCUUGCUGUCUUGAUCACUUGUUUCGUACUCGCGCUCGGCAAUCGUCCACAAGGCUCAAACAAGUUCUACAUGACCCAAGUGUAUUUCUGGGCGAUCCUCAUGGCCUAUCUCAUGUUCGCUACCGUCUUCAUCACUGUCAAGUCUGUGCAGGCACAGCUGAAGGAGCACGAUCAUUUCACCUUCAGCAUGCUUUUCACCAACUCCUUGUUUUUGACACUGAUCGUCUCCAUGGCCAGUACAUACGUCCUAUACUUCGUCGCCUCUUUCAUGUUCUUGGAUCCCUGGCACAUGUUUACGUCGUUCUUCCAGUACCUCCUCCUGACACCAACCUACAUCAACAUCCUCAACGUCUACGCCUUCUGCAACACGCACGAUAUCACCUGGGGUACCAAGGGAGAUGACAAGCCGGAGAAGCUGCCCUCGGCCGUUACCAAGCCAGGUGGUAAAGUCGACGUUACCAUCCCCAGCGAUGACCACGAUCUCAACAGCCAAUACGAGGAGGAGCUUCGCGUUUUCUCUACCAAGUGGACACCGCCAGAGAAGGCUCCUUCCGCUGCCGAGAAGCACGAGGACUAUUACAAAGGAUUCAGAAGUGCCGUCGUCUUGGCUUGGAUGUUCUGCAACCUUGCACUUGCAGCAGUCGUGCUCAACACCGGUGGUCUCGACCGUGUCUCCGUUGGUGUUCAAGACGACAACCAGCGCAGUACCAUCUACAUGAGUGUUGUACUCUGGAGUGUCGCCGUUCUCAGUGCUUUCAGAUUCAUCGGCGCCUGCUGGUUCUUGGUCGUCAGAUUGAUCAGAGGUGUCUAG